AAGCUGAGGUAAUAAGAGAUGUGUUUAACAAAUAUGUUCUCUACCAAAAGCCUAAAUUAACUCCCAUCACCAAGUUGCUAGCACAAGGAGUUUCAACCUAUGAAGAGGAUAAAUGGGCAAUGCAUAGAAAAAUCCUCAAUCCUGCUUUCCAUAUGGAGAAGAUUAAGAGUAUGGUUCCAGCAGUUCAUUUGAGUUGCACUGAAAUGGUGAGCCAAUGGGAGGAGUCAAUCUCAACGAAAGGAACAUCUUGCGAAAUCGAUAUAUGGCCAUACCUUCAAAGAUUGACUAGUGAUGUGAUUUCUAGAACAGCCUUUGGAAGCAAUUAUGAAGAAGGUCGAAAGAUAUUUGAGCUUCAAAGAGAACAAGCCCAGCAUUUCAUUGAAGCUACUCGUACCUUAUAUAUUCCAGGAUCAAGGUAAUAAAAUUAAACCUUU